UGCCUAUGAAUGAGCUAGAUGAGGCUAUGGAUGAAGCUGAACUAUCACGUUCAUGCAGGUCUUGUUCUUUGCAGUGACACAGCAGUUCUUCAUCACUAUGCAGUAGUUGGAGACCAGUAAGUUAGGGAAAUGUGAGCCACGAACACAUCUGUCGAUCGCAAACUUCUCCAUGACCACUUAUGAGUCUGCAAGAACAUAUUUCAGGUCCCAGCGAAAACGAGAGAAUAGAAAAAACCAUAGCAAGGAAGAUCUAGAGAAAGCUAGGAGACGGCAGAGGUUGCACAAUAAACUUCAUCGCAGAAAAGCUGCAUUGGAAGCAUCAACAACCUAUAGAGAGGAAGACAAGAAGGAAGUCCUGGAAGCUCUAGAACUGGAGCUAAUGAGCUUGGAAGAAAGCGAGUCCAACAGUACCAGUGAUUGUGACUUUGAACAGCAAGGACCUCGAGAGCAAGUGGAGAAAAGGAAGAGGGGGAAAGCUAUGACAACACGGCCAAUACCUUGGCGAUCUGAACAAGCCACAUCGAUCUUUACGUCCCUUGACAGGAAAUACGGGCGCAGGCAGACUGAACAAGCAAAGAGGAUGACCCUUCCUAGGCAUGAAGGCGCUCCAUCCAAGCGGCAAAGGCCAGACAAAAACAUGCCUGGUUGGGCAAUAACUAGUGAUAAUGAAUUUUAGCUCUCUAUAGAUACAUAUUGCUGCAUAUGCAUGUGCAUGGGUCUAAAAUGACAUUAUAUUUGGAAUAAAAACUGUUAAUUA